GUUUUCAAACACUGAUAAGCAGGGUGGAGUUUCUAGGGGUUCCUUGUUGGGCUAUAAAUUCUCUGCUGUAUUGGAGUUUAGAAGGACGAGAGCCAAACUCACAAACAGAGCAGCUGACAGCUCACCACAAACAGACUGUGUCUUGUAAAUUUGUAAGUGGAAAGCCUGCAGCAGAAGAUGAUGACUACAUCCUCCAGGAAACUUCAGGAGACCUACAACCAGCAGGGCUACCUCUCAGCUCUGCCUGUACUGAAUGAAAACGAGCUGGGAGAAGCUAGACGUGCCUUUUCUGAACUGGAGAUGGAACUUGGUACAGAGUACACCCAGUACAGCCUCCACAACGUUCAUCAACAGUAUCCUUGGGUGCUGGAUUUGACCAAACAUCCUCGUGUUUUGCACGUGGUCAAAGCCGUCCUGGGACCUGACGUGAUCCUGCUGGACUCCCGUUUCAUCUGUAAAUACCCAGCGCUUAAACCUGAGGAAAAAGAUGGAGAGGCCAAACCUGAUGUGGGGGAUGGGCUGCCGUACGUGGCCUGGCAUCAGGAUAUGAGGUAUUGGGGAAUUGCUGGUGGCCCUGUUCUCUCUGUGUGGCUGGCUUUAGAUGAUUCAGUGGAGGAAAACGGCGCCCUUCAGGUUAUCCCAGGGAGCCACCAUUCAGGCAUGUUGCCCCAUCGCCAAGCCUCCCGCCCUGGAAACAUGCUGUCAGUCAACCAGGAGAUCCCAGAGGAGCUGGUGCAGGUGGAGGAAGCUGUGCUUUGUCCACUGUUAGCUGGACAGAUGUCUGUUCAUGACGGACUCCUCAUUCAUGCCAGUGAUGCAAACAUAUCACAGAGGAGGCGUUGUGGAUUUGUGAUCCGCUACGUUCCCACCUGCGCCUACCCUGUACAGGAUCCUGACCGUCCCAGAAAAUUCCACGCAACAAUGUUGGCCUGUGGUACGGACCAGUUUAACCACUUCUCCAGCAAGAGCACAUGAAUGUUUACUGAAUUUAAUAUGCAUUUAUAAAGUUGUAGCUGAU